UUAUAGCAAAGUUAUACAAUCUAAUAUGCCUGUCACUAAAGAAGAAUACGGUCGCACUGCCAAUAACCAGCUGGUUGAUCAGUAUACUUUGAGCAAUGGGAACGGGAUGGUAGCUAAGCUGAUCAACUAUGGAGCUGCUUUAACUGAGCUCUGGAUACCUGAUAAGAUUGGAAAGAAAAGCGAUGUCGUUCUGGGGUGGCUUGACAUCAAAGAUUUACUUAUUCAUGUAUAUAUUCAUUCAUUCACUCAUUAUCAAUUGAAUCAUUUACUGCCUUUGUUAAUUCUCUCCUCUCCUUCUAAUCCUCCUUUGAUCGUUACAUCAGGUUAUGAGACUAACGCGCCUAGCUUUGGCGUGACGAUUGGUCGUGUAGUAAACCGAAUAGCUAAUGGUCAGUUCGCACUGGAUGGUGUUCAUUACCAGUUAGAGAUCAACGAUGGAUCAAACCAUAUCCAUGGCGGUGUCAUCAACUUUUCACAUGUAAGCAUAUAG